CCCCCCACCCUACCCCACCCCCGCCGCCCCCUACUCGCAUAUCUGCUUCUCCUCUGCUGUCACACACACACACACACGACGCGUGACGGGGGUUGGGGUGCGGAUGCGUGUGCGCGUUUGUGGCCGCUGUUGAAUUUUUAAAGCUGUUGUGGAACUUCGCGGGGUCAGCGCGGCGAAGGGAUCGCGUUUCAAAGACUCGCACGCCAGCUCGGCCGCUGCGUCCGCGGAGGACGCCGCAGGUUCUUCAUGGCCCGCCCGACCCAAGCGGUCCUGAGCGGUCACCGUAGCAACAUGAGCAUCAACAUUCAGAGAAAAAAGGAGGCCCUGCGGCGGCGGGCCAGCAGCCCCGUCCGCCCCACCCAGCAGCCGUCCUGCAGCCGCGACAACGCCGGCGGCGUCCCGGGGCAGAGCCCUCCCCGGCGCGGGCACCCUCCUCUGGGGCAGUCGGCGUCCUACCACCCGGGGGACAAAUCGCUCCACUACCGGGCGCAGUGGAGCUCCGACUCGGAGGACGACUCCCAGGCCGAGCCGGACGGCGUGUACCGCGUCGUCUUGCUGGGCGACCACGGCGUGGGGAAGAGCAGCCUGGCCGGAAUCUUUGCGGGAAUCAACGACAAAGACGAGCAACCGGGAGAGGACACGUACGAGAGAAAGCUAACGGUGGACGGCGAGGAAACCACGCUGGUCGUCAUGGAUACGUGGACAAACGACAGACCGGACGAAGGCGGUCGAUCGGGCGACGAGGAGGCGUGUCUGACGUGGGGGAGCGCGUACGUCGUCGUCUACUCGGUCACCGACCGCCGCAGCUUCGACGCGGCGGCCGAGCUUCGCAUCACGCUGCGGCGGCGACGCCAGGCCGACGACGUUCCCAUCAUCCUCGUGGGGAACAAGAGCGACUUGGUGCGAUCCAGGGAGGUGGCGCUGGAAGAGGGCCGAGCGUGCGCGGCAGUCUUCGACUGCAAGUUCAUCGAGACGUCGGCGUCGCUGCAGCACAACGUCGGCGAGCUCUUCGAGGGCGUGGUGCGGCAAAUCCGCCUGCGGCAGCGGCGCCCGUCGUGCCGCGGGCCCCAGGAGAGCCUCGCCCAGAGGGCGCGACGCUUCCUGGACCGCUUGGUGCCGCGCAACAACCGGCGCGUGGCCGUCAGAGUGCAAUCCAAGAGCUGCCGCGACCUGGCCGUCCUCUGAACCGGACCGGGAAGUAGCUUGCUAAUGCUAACGACCAAACGGAUCAAAUAUUGAACCGCAAGUAGCUAGAUUACAAAAAAAAAAAGACAUGAUUAUCAUUUUUGCGCACAUGUUUCACGCAUGUACUCGCACACACUUAACCGUCACUUGCUCUCACACAAACAAUCUCUCACAUGCAGACUCUCUCACACUUUGAUAAUCAAGCAAACACGCACGCGCAGUGUUUUUUGUCGCGGGCUCGAGCGUCCAGCUAACACCGCCGGCGGCUGUGUUUGUGUAGCGUCGUCAUGGCGACGUUGUCGGACGGCCGCUCGCCGCGUGUUUGUCCGUCGUGCUCACAAGUCCGACAAGAACCGCAACGGGGGGGGGGGGGGGGGACAAAUGACAGAAAAACGCGCGCAUUUGCACGCCCGGAGGACAAGAGUUGAGCGGUCCAGCUGAGCGUCGAUUUUUGUCAUGGAAAGAAUUCGUGACUCUCCUCAAGCCGGAUGGCACGCGCACGCACGCAAUGCGCGCACGCCCACGCCGAGCCGCCGUGUAAACAUCCAUCCUCCCGAGGCCCGGACAUGCCGCGGCCCCUUUUCUCAACUUUCUGCGGUGGUUCUUUUCAUUUCGCCGGCGCGCAUUAAAAGUUAAAUAAUGUCAA